AUGACAGCUUCUCAAUUUGACUGUCAAUACUGCUCAGUAUCACUUCUUGGGAAGAAAUUUAUGCUGAAGGAUGGCAAUCCAUACUGCCUCAAAUGUUAUGAUCGUGUCUUUUGUAACUAUUGUGAGGAGUGCAAAGAAGCAAUUGAAUCAGGUUCCAAGGAUCUUUGUUACAAAGGCCGGCACUGGCAUGAAAUAUGCUUCAACUGUGCCAAAUGCAAUCACUCUUUGGUGGAAAAGCCUUUUGCUGCCAAGGAUGAGCGCCUGCUAUGCUCGGAGUGCUAUUCUGAUGAGUGCUCCUCCAAGUGCUUCCACUGCAAGAAGACCAUCAUGCCUGGUUCCCGCAAAAUGGAAUUUAAGGGAAACUACUGGCAUGAAACCUGUUUUGUGUGUGAGCAUUGCCGACAGCCAAUAGGAACUAAACCUUUGAUUUCCAAAGAGAGUGGCAAUUACUGUGUGCGGUGUUUUCAGAAGGAGUUUGCUCCCUCCUGCAACUUUUGUAAGAAGGUGAUUACUUCAGGUUGGAUAACAUUUCAUGACCAGCCGUGGCAUAAAGAGUGUUUUCUGUGUAGUGGCUGCAGGAAAGAGCUCUGUGAUGAAGAAUUUAUGUCCAGAGAUGAUUAUCCAUUCUGCUUGGACUGUUACAACCAUCUUUAUGCUAAAAAGUGUGUGGCCUGUGCCAAACCCAUUACUGGUCUCAGAGGUGCCAAGUUUAUCUGCUUUCAAGACCGUCAGUGGCACAGCGAAUGCUUUAACUGUGGGAAGUGCUCGGUCUCCUUGGUGGGGGAAGGCUUCCUGACCCAGGACAAGGAAAUCUUCUGCCGCAAAUGUGGCUCGGGCAUGGAGACCGAUAUCUAG